CUCCCCGCCACCAGGUGCCCCCAGACCCCCAACUCCUCCUCGCUCGCCCGCCUCGCUGUUUCCUGUUGCUUGAAUCCGGGCCUCAGUGCUCGGGCUCCGAGGCGCCCGCGGCAGCGACAGCAGCAGCAGCAGCAGCAUCCAGAGCAUCCAUAGCGGCUGAAGCAGCGGCGUCCUUGCUGCCCUUCCGCGCCCGGCCCGGCCUGGCCCCGCUUGGCUCUCACCUGCAGAUGGGGAAAACAGAUGCCGAGAGGUUAAGUGAUUUGCCUUUUGUCACCCAGACAAAUAAGUAUCUAAGACAUGAUUCGGACUCAGGUUCUCCUGACUUUAAAUCCAGCGCCCUAUCCCUUCACCACCUAACAGCCUCACCCCAGUCCUAGCACUCUGCACCUCCAUCCUUGAAUUCUGCACCUUACUCCCGACAUCCUGCUCUUCUUCCUGCCCAACGCUUCCUUGGGGUGCUGUUUGUUGGCCUAAAUUCCAGCCCUCAGGAGGGAUGGCAGCUGCUUUGUGUCUGCAGGUUCUGUGCAGCCUGUGUGGUUGGCUAUCACUCUACCUCUCCUUCUGCCGCUUGAAUAAGCAUCGGAGCUAUGAAUGGAGCUGCAGACUGGUUACCUUUACACAUGGAGUCCUUUCCAUAGGCCUCUCUGCUUAUAUUGGAUUUAUUGAUGGUCCCUGGCCUUUUACUCACCCAGGAUUACCCAAUACUCCUCUUCAAGUACAUGUUCUGUGUCUCACCCUUGGCUAUUUCAUCUUUGAUCUUGGCUGGUGUGUCUACUUCCAGACAGAGGGAGCUCUGAUGUUGGCUCACCACACACUGAGUAUCUUGGGCAUCAUCAUGGCCCUUGUUCUUGGGGAGUCAGGCACCGAGGUCAAUGCUGUUCUCUUUGGCAGUGAGAUCACUAACCCAUUGCUACAGAUUCGAUGGUUCCUCCGGGAGACAGGCCACUACCACAGUUUCACAGGGGAUGUGGUAGAUCUUCUCUUUGUGGCUUUAUUCACAGGAGUGAGGAUUGGCGUUGGUGCGUGGCUUCUUUUCUGUGAAAUGGCCUCACCUAAGCCCAAGUGGUUUGUGAAGGCAGGUGGAGUGGCCAUGUAUGCUGUGUCCUGGUGUUUCAUGUUCAGCAUUUGGCGCUUUGCCUGGAAGAAGAGUGUCAAGAAAUACCAUGCCUGGCAUAGCGGGCGAGGCGAGGACCGACAACUGAAAAAGAAUGGACAUCUCAAAGUGCGUUAAUCAGGGCUUGUAACUUGCUAUGAAUGGGGAUUGGCAUCUCACCCUCUUAAAAGGGUAGGCUUGGGAAUCAUGUUGAGGGUCUGUGUCUUGUGGAAUGGGAUGCUCAUAGCAAACUUAGGAGAGUUUUUUUUUAAAGGGCUUAAUUCGUUCAGGGAGUAUUCAGUUCUAGAGCACAAACAUAAAUAUCAGUAUUGAGUACUAACUUUUGCACUGGCACACUUGAAACAACUGAGACUACACUGAAGGAAAUCUGAGGGCUUGAGUCAAGUCAGAACUGUGUGGAAAGCUCUGCUGGGAUCCCAUGUCUUUGGGCAGCUUGGAAGGGCCAUUGAAGUGAAUUGUUUUGUCCUUGUUACCAUGAGAAGAGUGACUCAAAUCUAUUUAUUACCUAAUGUAAUUAUAUUUCUCACCUGGUCUAUGCCAUCACUGUUAGAGGGAAUUUGGUGGAAGCAUCAUUGGCAUUUUCAGUAAUGGAUUAUUCAAACUUAUUCUCUGCCUUAACAGUAGAUAAUCCUAGAAGAUCAGAGGGGUGUAGGGGAAGGAGCACAUAGACUUGCAGUCUCAGCUAGACCAAUCCUACAACUAGCGGGCUUCAGACUCUUCUAGGCAGGCUGCAGUGCAGAGAAAUUUAUAGGGUCCUGUUGUACAGGUUCUGUUAUACCAAGAAAACUGUAUUCCACUUCUCAGGGGCUUUUAGUACAUUAAUCUCUUGCGCUUGAGAGGCUGUGGCUGGAUUCCAUGGGGAUUUACUAUGUGGAUUCCGCUGGGCUAGAGAUGGCAGUUCAGGUUUCAGCUCAGCUGUAAGCAUUGUAAACGACAACCAAAGAAGAGUAAAUUGUUGUGCUGGCCCCAGGGCAGUGAGGCUGCAUUUUUCUUCUCUCUCAUCUAUUACUUUCUGUCUCCUCAUAAUACCUUUACUCCUCUAGUUCUUAAAAAACAUGCCACUAGAAGUGAGUAUUCGUAUCAUAUAGCCAAUCCUAAAAGAACAGAAGCACUCAUAUGAAUCAAGCCUGACCCCUGCCCACAAACACUGCCAGUAACGUGGCUGAUGAUAUAGAUGUUUUAUCACUGUGGUCUACUGGGAAAAGCACUGGAUCUUCAUAUAGAAGACCCAGAUUCAAAUUCUAGCUCUGUCAUGUACUAGCUGUGUGACUUUGGACAAGUCACUUAAGCUCUCUAGGGUUCAGGUUCCUUAUCUACAAAGUGAGGGAGGGGGUUAAAUUAGAUGAUUUCUUGAGACUGAUUCCAGCUCUACAUCCUACAAGAUAAGUUAAGAUCUUGCUGCAGUUUGCCCCUCUGUAAGGAUGGUAACUUCUAUCUCACAGAGGGUAUUGUGAGCUAUUUUGGAAGUCUGUAAUGAAAAAUAUUUACAGAAGGCAGAAGUGUCAUCUAUUUAUUUAUUUGGAUAUAUCACUGGUUGUUUAUAGUGCUAUUGAAACUUAGGUCAAAGGCAAUCCCCAUAUAGAUUAAAGAAAUUCACUCUGUCCCACAUCCAGAGACUACCCUGACUUCAUCCAGUUGGUAUGAAAAAGGAUGCCUUUGGCCACAGGAGGAAUCAGGCAUAGGAAUCAUCACAUCUUGGAAAAACAACACAAUUCAUCUUUCCUAUUAUUGGCAGGUCAAUAGCAUUGUCCUUAUAUGAGAAGCACAGGACAUUACUCUUAUUUGGUUCGAGAAGCAUUUCUUGCUGGGCAUUGAAAUAAUCUCCUAACACCCAUUAUCUCCAUCUGCUUGUAUUACCAUGUCCAUGGAAAGCUAGUAAGUUACACUUCAACAACAUCUGGGUAUCUAAGGAAUGCUGAUUUCAGCAAAAGCUUAUGGUGAGGAGUGUGGCUUGGCACAUGGACUCCAAAGAAAACUGGCCUUUGGACUUUGGCACAGUGAAAUCUCUGUACUAGCCAAGUGAAUGCUCCUGAUAUUACAGCACAUUCCUUUCCCCUUCGCCUUAACAAGUGGACGGGGGGAAUCUUGCUAUUUGUGGGUAAUCUCUUGAGAAAGAAGCUCUUACUAGUUUGUGGAAUGGUGAGUUAACUCCUAGGCAGCUGGCGGUAAGGGAAGGGAUUCCUCAUAGCAACUCUCCUGUGUGUUGUGGUUGGUACUUAUGUAGCAAGCUCCCCAAGAGAAAACGUGAAAUGAAGAUGACUCAGCCGCUGAAGGAAUAAGCUUGAAUCUUCCAUCACAGGUACAGAAAGGGCUAACUUACCUGUGGUACUGUGGAAUGAAAAUGAAGUACUAAUUUACAUUUGGAUUACUAUGUAAUAAUAUUUUACCCAUGAAGGAUUUAUAUAUAAUAUAUAUUGUUUGUACUAAAUUUUAUAAAAUAAACAACUUUGUAUUAAUAUUAAA